AUUUUAGCAAAAUAAAUAUGAUGAAACCUCAAAGUCUACAGAAAGGCAUUCCUUCAGAGAAAGCAGCAGGAAGCAUACCAAUAUCUGUGAAGAAACGAUCUGUAAAGAAUAUGUCUAAGAUAUUUGUGAUGAAGAAGUCUAAGAAAGCUCAGAAAUAGCGGUAAUAUUACAAGAAAAUUGAGCAUCUUCUCUCUUAAUUCAAGAAAUCACCUUGCAAAGUCAUGGAAUUCAGAAUCAAGCCAUAAGAGACUUCGUAAAACAAAGCAUACUUCUUCUGCUAAAAGAGGAGUAAAGAGAUUUCAAAGAAGAAACAUUAACACGAUUGAAAGGGUGAAACAAUUGGAGCAAAGACUCAAGAAAGAACAACUGGAAAAGCAGCUCAGCCUUUAUAACCAGCAAAGAAAAUAUUUCCAAAAGUACCUUAUCUGAAUGCAUAUACUGAAAACUGGUUUAAUGAAAUGAGUGUACCAUUUUUAUAGCCAAAUGUUGAAGAAGCCUAAGAAAAAGAGUAAUAAUAAAACCUACAGAAUUUUAUUACCCACUGGCUUAAUCAAAAGUGUAAAGAAACAAUUUAAAGAGGACGAUCUCAAAUCAGAAAGACUCCUUCUUUUCCAAUCACAGUAUAACUUGGUGAAAGAGAAGCAUCCAAAAUUUAAUUUGGAAAUUGACUCAAAAUCUUGAGCUAUUUCUUCCAGCAGGAAUUUUGAACAUAUAGAUGAGUGUCUGACAGAUGAAGAUGGCUCAAUGAAUUCUGAAGGUUCUGACUCAAAAAGAAUAUAAAUUGCAGAAGUUCAAAGGGACUGCCACAUAAUCACAAAACAAAUGAAUACGAGCUCCCUCUUCUAACUGAUCAAAGAAGGAGUGCAACCAGAACUUCUAAAAGACCUAAUAAACCUCCUUUGACUCCUGGGACCUCAACUAAGAAGCUACCAUCAAUUAAGAAAAAGUUUAAAGCUCGUAAUUUCAAAUCCAUAAGCAAGAGCAGUAGUGACAUAAGAUUCAACCUGAAAAAAAUCAAGGUCUUAAGUUCUUCUCACUCCAGACCUCAUAAAGAUACAUAA